AUGCGCGUCUUUGCCAAAACAUUCCUCUGGGCCACUGUCCUAAGCCUCAUCACAACCGCAGCAACUUCUGUAAACGUUUUAGAAAGGUCGGGUUCUCGGGAUUACAUCGAGUCCGCAGACACGGCUUCGGUCUUGCAUGUGAAUCCCAAACUCCGAUUCACCCAAGGGACAGAAGGCACGCGACCAGUCCGACUCUCCAAACGCUUCCCCUUCUCGUCCGGAAGAGACGAGUGGUGUGGUGAACAAGCCGAGGACCCCGCGGCAGACUUCUCGGCCUCGGCUCCGUCGGCCGUAGACUGCCAGGCUCUGGCCAGCUCCCUGGGGGACCAGAAUGGAUUCUGGACGUUGCAGCCGGGCGACUUCUCAUCGGACGGCUGGGCCCGUGUUGCGACCUUGGGCUCGUGCAGUUUCGCGGUUAGGCACGCAGGCUCCGGCAGUAGUGACAGCCCAAUGCGAAUCGGCACGAACGAUGUUCGCUUUUACACGACGAGAUACGGUGUUUUGGCCAAGGACGGGAAGCUGGGCUUGCAAGGGACCGUUCAGUGCUACAACGCUCAGAACCUGCUGUUUGUGACAUGGGGAUUGAUUCGCAGUUGA